AUGUCUGCCGCCGACGCCGCACCUACCCCUUUAUCAAAGGUCGACUCUGCCGUUCAAGGUCUAUCAUCAAGCCCUCCUAAGGAUGAUGCGAAGGCGGAACCAAAGCGAAGAGCGAGCUCAAGUGUACCUGGUGUAUACAACAUCAAUGACUUAGAAAAGGAAGGAACAGAAAUCCAGAUCGCAAAAGAAACACAGAAGCUCAACUGGCGUAUCAACAAGUCUCCAAUGGGGUUAGAAGAACCAGAAAAGAGCAUGCUAAAGAAGCACCUCACCACUCCACCAGUCAAGAAGAUCGACCUACAUUUCCCACUGGGGCUUGAGGUGUCAGCUCGGAACAUGAAGGGUGUAACAAUCAAAGAUGCAUUAGAUGCCAUCUACAAGCAAUUUCGAAAGAAGGCAGAUGACGAACUCGAGACCCCAGUCCUAGCAGGCUUCGAAUGGGACAAAGAAGAGUCAUGGACCCAACUCAUCGUUCACUGCAAGAAGGAGGGUGCUCCACAACCCAAGAAGAAGGGAAAGAAAGGUGCCGUUGAAGAGGAAAUCUAG